UCGGUUGUCUUCCCAUGCAUCCAUCUCUAUCUCCAUCCUUCCAUUUCCAUAGCAGAGGAAGAUCAAUUGCUUUAGUUUUAAUGGGGGGUUUGAAGGUUCAUGGUCUCUCAUUCUCCACAUGCACCAUGAGAGUUCUGGCUUGCCUCUACGAGAAAGACUUGCAGUUUGAGCUGGUCACUGUGGACAUGAACGCCGCUGAACACAAGUCCCCGCCUUUCCUCUCCCUCAAUCCGUUUGGUCAAAUCCCAGCCUUUGAAGACGGUGAACUGAAGCUCUUUGAAUCAAGGGCAAUAAUCCAGUACAUCGCCCACAAGUACAAAUAUAGUGGGACCCAAUUUGUCUGCACCGACUCCAAAAAAAUGGCCAUCGCAGGGGUGUGGGUAGAGGUGGAGGCCCACCAGUUCAAUCCGGUGGCAGCUAAGCUGACAUUUGAGCUAGCCCUCAAGCCACUGAUGGGCAUGACUGCUGACCUGGUUGUGGUGGAAGAGAAUGAGUUGAAGCUAGCUAAGGUUUUGGACGUAUAUGAGGCUCGACUGGCUCAAGCCAAGUACCUAGCCGGGGAAUGUUUCAGCUUGGCUGAUCUGUAUCACCUCCCUUGCAUUCAAUACUUGAUGGGGACGCGUGCAAAGGAGUUGUUUGCAUCACGUCCCAACGUAAGCGCGUGGUGCACUGACAUCAUGGCUCGGCCUGCUUGGUCAAAGGUGCUCGCACUGCAAAAGAAACCCUAACUAAAAAGAUUCUACUCAUUUGAAAUCCACCCAUCACAAGAUGUUAUAUUGAUGUUUGAAUACAUUAAAGUGACAUUACACUCCUGUCAACUAGAAUAAUACCAAAUCACAUCUUAGAUUUAUCUAAGUAUUGAAGUAAUAUCUUGCGAGAUUGUCGGGUUUCAAGAAUUAGAUGAAGGAGUCGUACUAUGCUAGUCUUUUUUGACCUAAUAAGUGAUGAGUGAUGGAUGGAACUUGGGUAGAUAGCCCUAACAAUAAUGAUUUCUUCUUCUUUUUUAAUUUUCGUGAAGAGCAUGUUGUGGGUGGAGAAUUUUAGGUGCUUUGUGUCAUGCAUCUCGCGUGAUUUGGCUUGUUGUGCUUAUGAAUGUAUGCCUAUCUACCUUGUAGUUAGUUGGAAUCAAAGGUGGACAGUAAUCUGCGGAAGUUGAUGGUGCA